UAAGAGAAGUCCGAGGCGGCUUCCUCCUCCCUGCCCAGAGGGGGCGGCGGUCAGAGGCGGGCAGCACCCCAGUUCCCCGAACCCCCACGUCGGCACUCGUGGCUGCUGGGAGCCCGGGCUGGCUGGCGCCGGGGUCCUUCAGAGGCGGCCUCCCCUGGGACCAGGUCUCUGGCCCCUCCCAAGGACCAUGCGGCAGCCCCGCUGACCCAGGAGUAGGGGCCUGAAGGCAGGGCACCUGGAAUGGGCUGUGUGUUCUGCAAGAAGUUGGAGCCAGGGCCCAAGGAGGAUGCUGGCCUGGAAGGGGACUUGAGGGGCUACGGGGCUGCGGAUCGCUAUGGCCCUGACCCUACUCAGGGCCGGCCUUCGUCCUCCUUUGCCCAUAUCCCCAACUACAACAACUUCUCCCCUCAGCCCGCCAGCUCUGCCUUCCUUGAUGCGGGCACCAUCAGGGGCAUCUCAGGCACUGGGGUGACCCUGUUCAUCGCCCUGUAUGACUAUGAGGCCCGGACAGAGGAUGACCUUACCUUCACCAAGGGCGAGAAGUUCCACAUCCUGAAUAACACUGAGGGUGACUGGUGGGAGGCUCGGUCCCUCAGCUCUGGACAAACUGGCUACAUUCCCAGCAACUAUGUGGCCCCUGUGGACUCCAUCCAGGCUGAAGAGUGGUACUUUGGAAAGAUCGGGAGGAAGGAUGCGGAGAGGCAGCUGCUCUCCCCCGGCAAUCCUCGGGGUGCCUUUCUCAUUCGAGAGAGCGAGACCACCAAAGGUGCCUACUCCCUGUCCAUCCGAGAUUGGGAUGAGGCCAGAGGCGAUCACGUGAAGCAUUACAAGAUCCGAAAGCUGGACACAGGUGGCUACUACAUCACCACUCGGACCCAGUUCGACUCGGUGCAGGAGCUGGUACAGCACUACACUGAGGUAAACGAUGGACUGUGCCACCUGCUGACGGCGGCCUGCACCACCAUGAGGCCGCAGACCCUGGGCCUGGCCAAGGACGCCUGGGAGAUCAGCCGUAGCUCCAUCGCGCUCGAGCGCCGGCUGGGCACUGGCUGCUUCGGCGACGUGUGGCUGGGCACGUGGAAUGGCAGCACGAAGGUGGCAGUGAAGACGCUGAAGCCAGGUACCAUGUCCCCAAAGGCCUUCCUGGCGGAGGCGCAGGUCAUGAAGCUGCUGCGGCAUGACAAGCUGGUGCAGCUGUACGCGGUGGUGUCGGAGGAGCCCAUCUACAUCGUGACGGAGUUCAUGUGCCACGGUAGCUUGCUGGAAUUCCUUAAGGACCGGAAGGGUCAGGAUUUGAAGCUGCCCCAGCUGGUGGACAUGGCAGCCCAGGUAGCUGCGGGCAUGGCCUACAUGGAGCGCAUGAACUAUAUCCAUCGUGACCUGAGGGCAGCCAACAUCCUCGUAGGGGAGCGGCUGGUGUGCAAGAUUGCUGACUUUGGGCUGGCCCGCCUCAUCGAGGAUGAUGAGUACAACCCCCGGCAAGGGGCCAAGUUCCCCAUCAAGUGGACAGCCCCGGAGGCUGCCCUCUUUGGCAGAUUCACCAUCAAGUCAGAUGUGUGGUCCUUUGGGAUCCUGCUCACUGAACUCAUCAGCAAGGGCCGGGUCCCCUACCCAGGCAUGAAUAACCGAGAAGUGUUGGAACAGGUGGAGCACGGAUACCACAUGCCGUGCCCCCCCGGUUGCCCAGCGUCCCUAUACGAGGCCAUGGAGCAAACCUGGCGUCUGGACCCGGAAGAGAGGCCUACGUUCGAGUACCUGCAGUCCUUCCUGGAGGACUACUUCACCUCCACAGAACCCCAGUACCAGCCUGGGGAUCAGACAUAGCCUCUCUGGAGGUGCCCGCCAGCCCCUUCCAAUCUACAGGGCGCUGGUCCCAAGGCCCCUGGCUUAGAAGCCUGGAGAGUCCUAGCAUGUCAGCGCAAGCAAAUUGUUCUGACACCAUCUAGGGCAACUCACUCGUUUUAAAGAUGGGGCAAAUCGAGGCUCAGAGAUCAUCCUUCACCUACUCUGGCCUCAAGCACUAUUUCCCCCCUUCCCACUUAGGCUCUUGCGUGCCUUUAGCCUUCCUGUCCCCCUCUCCAAAAAAAGAUAUGUUCAGACCAUGUCUAGUUAUUUAUAAAACUGUAUAUCCUUUUCUUCACUUGUCUCCUAUCCCUGCUUUCCUACCCUGUCAUCCCACCCUGAGCCAGGCCCCCAGAAUUCACCUCCUACUCAGUUCUCUUGUGUCUGUAAGUUACAGAGACAGGGAAAGUCUCUGCUGGAUACCUUUCCUGUUGGGUGGACGCUGUAGUCUAGGGCUGGGGUCCAAGUCCAGAGCUAGGGAGAGGGUUCCUGACGGCUCCCAACCUCUCAGAUCAUGUGUGUGUUUGUUGAUUUCAUGAAUAAGAAAAUGAAAAUAUGAAUCCUUGAGCCAUGAGAAUCCCUUCCUUGGAGGGGUGGUGGUCAGUGGGAGGGGGGGUGCUGCUUUGGCUGCUGGGAUGCAGGGGAGGUGAGAAAGCACCCCAAGGCUACUAAGCACAGGGCACCCAAGGUGUGUUUUAGGACACCCAAGAGUCCUGAUGCUUGUGUCCAUGUGAGUUUAAGGACAAGCUGAGAGAUGGAUACAGAAUACAGGCAACUGGAGAUCAGAAUGUCCCCUACAUGCCUGAUGUGGCUUUCAGUCUGUGUGCAGUGGGUUUGCUGGUUCUUUAGUUGACUUUAGCAGAUUUACUGUUCACCACAGGCUCCACAGCAGAACCUUAGGCCUCCCUGGACAGGGGCAGGGGUGAGAGCACAGUGGGCUGGCUGCAGCUCCCCAGAACAGAAGAGAGGGGAGGGGAGAGGGUGAGUCCAGCUCGUUGGGUUUCACUUGGGGCAACUCUGCCCCCUAGGGGGCUUUUGAAGAGGUUUGGAGACAAGUUUUGUUUGUCGCAAGGACUUGGGGCUCCUACUGGUGUGUAGCGGGCAGGGACUAGGGGUUCUAAACAGCCUGCCAUGCGUCUGUGCAAUGAAGAGUUGGCCCACCCCCUGGAUCCCCCUUGAGAGACUCUGGCAGCUGAUGUGGCUCCUUGUGGAAACAAGAGGAACAGGGAAUAAGGAUUCCCACCUCUCCUGUCAGGAAAGUGUUGACACUGACCUACUCUGGGAAUGGACGGGGAAAGAUUCUGGGAGCUGGGAGUCACUGCUGAAACUGGCAAACAAUUACUAGGUAUUAAGUCUGCGGACGGCCAUUUGCUGUGCAGAACCAAGGAACACAAACAAUAAGAAGACCGUCCGUACCCGUCCUGAAGGAGUUCACGGUCAGGCUGGGAGAAAUAAUAGCAAUAAUAAUAACGCAUUAAGUUUCUGCUGAAUACCGGAUGUGUUUACAUCCAUCUUUUCACUUGAUGCAGUCCUGAAUCUGGUUCUAUGAUCAGCCCCCAGGUACAGAGGAGGACACUGAGGCUCAGCGGUUACAUGACAUACGUCAUGUAACCCCUCAUGUAUGUGAUGUAACACAGAAGUAUGGGACUGAGCUGGGAUUUGAACCCAGGUCUCACACCAAGGCCCGUGAUUUUUCUACCAGACCUCACUGCCUCUGUGCUUAGGGAAGAGAUCAUAUCUGCCCCAGCUGGAUGUUUCGAGGAUCCUCCUCCCUCUAGACAUUGGGAGAAAGAUUCUUUGGAACCCCCCCCCACACACACGCACACACACCAAGUUGAGUGACCUAAAGAAAAGGGGACAAGGUGGCCAAUGCAGAUUGAGAGCUCCCUGUCCUCAGCCCUGAACUGGGAAUUGCUGAAUGGGAGCAAUAAGAUGGAGAGAGGCCAAGUGGCUGCUUGGAGAGGUGGUCACAGGGGUAGGAGACUUAGCUCUACACGCUCAAACUCCCAGGGUCCUGGGCUUCCCAAGGGCCACAGUCUCUAGCCAACCAAACUCACAAGAACCUGAUGUAUAAGCCAGAGGCCCAGUGUUUCCACCAGGCAUGGAGUAAGCAGAUAAGAGCUCAGCUCUGGAGCUGUUAGUGCCUGGUGUAACUCUUGCCUCCACCAAUCACUAGCCCUGUGAGUCUGUGCAAGUUAUUGAUUGAUCUCUCUAAGCCUCAAUUUCCUCAUCUGUGAAAUGGCAAUAAAAUGUUCAAUACAUGUUA